AUGAAAAUCUAUCUUCUUUUCUUUAUCAUAUUUGUGGUAAUAUCAAAUUGUUUAGCUGAACAAGAUCCACCACGUAUUCUUCAUGGUUUAUUUUCUGAUUCUGAUCAAACACAUGUUUGUUAUGGAUCACUCAAUAUUGAUACAUCACAAUUUAAUAUUACCAAUUCAUUAAAUAUUAAUGAUGUUGGAAAUCCUAAAAAUAUAAAAUAUCCUCUUUUACCUUUAACAUAUGAUCCAAAUAAUGAUGUUAUUUAUAUGGCAGCACCAAAUAAUGAAAGUAAAACCAUUUUAAGUGUUAUUAAUGCAACAAGUGGUAAUUUAAUAUCAACAUUUAAAUCAAUAUCAAAUACAAUUAUUUCUCUUCAAUUUGAUAUAUUUCAAAAACAAUUAUUUGCACAUAUUGAAACUGUUAAUGAAAACGUAACAUUACUUGCAGAAAUUGAUACAAAUAAUGGAAAUAUUAAAGAAGUUUUAGGAACAAUUCAAGAUAGUAAACCAACUCAUAUGUCAAGUUAUUGUCCAAUUUGUAGAAAAUAUUUUCUUAUGAUGAUUGAAGAUCAACAAUUUGUAUAUGUUGGUGUUAAUACAAGUAAUCAAGGUGGUGUAGAUUGGAAAGCAAAAAUUAAUUAUUCUCCGAUUAGUAUGAAAUUUGAUUAUAAAACAUUUACUAUGUAUACAACAUAUAUAAAUGUAACUGAGAGAGUUGUUUCUUCAAUCGGAAUUUUAAAUAGAACAUUAGGUGGAAUUAGUAAAGUUGUUGGAAUAAUUUCUGAAGAUCCAGAACUUACUGUUACUUCACUUUCAGCAUUUGAUAUUGGGGAAAAGAUAUUUUAUGCAUCAAUUCAAUUAAGUUGGCCUCUUUAUGAAGGUAUUUCUUAUGUUGAUGUGGAUACGUCACAAGCAGACAGGAUUCUUCUUACGAAAACACAAUAUAAUUCGUAUGGGUGGUUUGUAAAACAAUUCGUUCAUUAA